AUGGGAGAUAACAGCAUUCAGAAGGUCACUGAAAUCAUGAGGAUGGCUGUGACCUACACAGCCUGUGGAGUGAUAAGAAAACGGGAUGCCGAAGACCACCAACACGUCCUGUCUGGUGCUGCUCUUUCUGUAAGAACGCUGAAGUGCAGAGACGCUGGCCCCACGUGGACACCCGGGACCGUGGCAAGGGCCGAGAAGACUGAAGUUCUGAGCGAAGACCUUCUUCAGGUAGAGAAGCGGCUGGAGCUGGUGAAGCAGGUCUCCCACAGCACACACAAGAAGCUCACGGCAUGUCUGCAGGGCCAGCAAGGGGCCGAGGCUGACAAGCGCUCCAAAAAAUUGCCUUUGACAACACUGGCUCAGUGUCUGAUGGAAGGGUCAGCUAUCCUGGGAGAUGACACACUUCUUGGGAAGAUGCUGAAACUCUGCGGCGAGACAGAGGACAAGCUGGCUCAGGAGCUGAUUCAUUUUGAACUGCAGGUUGAGAGGGAUGUGAUCGAGCCGCUGUUCUUGCUGGCCGAGGUAGAAAUCCCAAAUAUCCAAAAACAGAGGAAACACUUAGCCAAGCUGGUGCUGGACAUGGACUCUUCACGAACGAGGUGGCAGCAGACAUCCAAGUCUUCAGGUUUGUCCAGCAGCUCACAGCCUGCGGGUGCCAAAGCCGAUGCCCUCAGGGAGGAGAUGGAGGAGGCUGCCAACAGAGUGGAGAUUUGCAGGGACCAGCUGUCGGCUGACAUGUACAGUUUUGUGGCCAAAGAAAUCGACUAUGCAAACUACUUUCAGACGCUCAUUGAAGUGCAGGCCGAGUACCAUAGGAAGACCCUGACACUCCUGCAGGCCGUGUUGCCUCAGAUAAAAGCACAACAGGAGGCCUGGGUGGAGAAGCCUUCCUUUGGGAAGCCGCUGGAGGAGCACCUCUCGAUCAGCGGCCGGGAGAUCGCCUUCCCCAUCGAGGCGUGCGUGACGAUGCUGCUGGAAUGCGGGAUGCAGGAGGAGGGCCUCUUCCGAGUAGCCCCGUCUGCCUCCAAGCUGAAGAAGCUCAAGGCAGCCCUGGACUGCUGUGUGGUGGACGUACAGGAGUGCUCGGCGGACCCCCACGCCAUCGCAGGAGCUCUCAAGUCUUACCUCCGGGAGCUGCCAGAACCUCUGAUGACCUUUGAACUCUAUGACGAGUGGAUUCAGGCUUCCAACAUCCAGGACCAGGACAAGAGGCUCCAGGCGCUGUGGAACGCGUGUGAGAAGUUGCCCAAAGCCAAUCACAACAACAUCCGAUACUUGAUCAAGUUUUUAUCCAAGCUCUCAGAAUACCAAGAUGUCAACAAGAUGACACCCAGUAACAUGGCCAUUGUAUUAGGACCCAACCUGCUGUGGCCACAAGCAGAAGGGAACAUCACGGAGAUGAUGACCACGGUCUCGCUGCAGAUCGUCGGGAUCAUCGAGCCCAUCAUUCAACAUGCAGACUGGUUCUUCCCCGGGGAGAUAGAGUUCAACAUCACGGGCAAUUACGGGAGUCCGGUGCAUGUGAACCACAACGCCAACUACAGCUCAAUGCCCUCCCCAGACAUGGACCCCGCCGACCGGCGCCAGCCCGAGCAGGCCCGCCGGCCCCUCAGUGUGGCCACAGAUAACAUGAUGUUGGAGUUUUACAAAAAGGAUGGGUAUGAACUUGCGUCCCUUUCUCGGCUUUGGGGGAGGGAGGGGUUGACUGAGAUGAACGACAGGAAGGCGGCACUUAACCACCAGCAGUUUAAGUGGCCCUGUCACCUCAUUCCUGAUGCCAGCAAGUGCUUUGGGCUUUGUCUUUUAAAUGUGGUUUUUAAGCAGUUCAGUUCCUGCAACUUCAGUGGUUCUCCUCGGCACUCCUCUUCCUUCAGAUGCAUGGGGCCAUCUUUACUGCUAAAAUGGGUGCAAGUCAGCGCUUCUAAAAGCAAAGAGCUUUCUCCAGGAUCAGCACAGAAGGGAAGUCCGGGUUCUAGCCAGGGGACACCCAGUGCAGGCACACAGCCCGGGGUACAGCCGGGCGCGAGCCCGGGCCAGCCACCUGCAGACCAGAGCCCUCACACUCUCCGGAAAGUUUCCAAGAAGCUGGCGCCCAUUCCACCCAAGGUCCCCUUCGGCCAGCCAGGGCCCCUCCCUGAGCAGCCUGCCGGCCAGCCAUCCCCACUCAGCCUGUCCCCCACGCCCCCCAGCACCCCGUCACCCUACGGACUCAGCUAUCCCCCGGGCUACUCCCUGGCAUCGGGCCAGCUCUCCCCCGCAGCCCCGGCGCCCCCACUGGCCUCCCCCUCUGGCUUCACGGGCGCCCUAAGCAAGUCACGGCCCACUCCAAAGCCCCGGCAGAGGCCCACCCUGCCGCCACCCCAGCCGCCCACCGUCAGCCUCGCCGCCUCCAGCCCGCAGUCGUCAGAGCAUCCCGCACUGGACGGCGUGUCCCCCGGGGAGAGCAUGUCAACAGAUCUGGUCCACUUCGACGUGCCCUCCAUCCACGUGGAGCUGGGGUCGGCGCUGCGCCUCGGGCCCCUGGAGCACGUGCGGCGACACUCGGUGGCUGAGAAGAGAGACUCGGAGGAGGAGUCGGAGAGCACGGCCCUGUGAGGAGCUCCGCGCACGCGUGCGCACGUGGCCCAUGCCGUCGCAGCGCCGCCAGGCGGGACUCCUGCGGGUGGCCGUGUGGCAGGUUCCUGUGGUGCGGACUUGUUUCGUCCCCUCCGGGUGGUGAAGCUGGCCUUCUGUUUGAUCUUUGCCUUUUGACUUCGUGCCUACUUUGAUCCACUUCCGGCCUCCACGCCAGGUGACUGCCCUCCCCACCAGAGGGCUUGUGUCGGAAACGUCCCCUGCAGCGUGGGCGUGCACGGCGUGGUGGCGGUCAGCCCGGGGCUGCCUGUCACCCGUGCCGACGGCCUCCGUGAGUCCUGCGAGAUCAGCCCGAUGGUGCAGAGCGGGGAGGGGAAGGGACGGGGGGCGGGGGGUCUCGCUCUCGGGAGCCUGGAAGCCUGGGGCCCUGGCCGGCCUUCCUCUUCACAGCGAGGGGCCGGCCGGGGCGGACCUUCCUCCGUGGGCUCUGAUGGAAAUGGCUGAAGAUGAAAUUUGUUUUACUCUUCCACACUGUGGAAUGAAGCUCCCUUUAUUAUCUUAUGGUUUUCUAUUUCUGAAUUUUAAAAACGAUCUUGAGUGUGUCUGGGGGCCCCAAAUGUAGCUCCCCAGGCACCCCCCCAAAACUUGAGAUGUGUCUCAGUAAUUGCAGCCCUCCAGGGCCCCCAGCUCAGUAAGAAAUGGGGUCCUUUUCUGGAGGUCAGAAGUGAAGAGCAAUAAUCCUGUCACCCAAAGCCCAGAGGGGAAGGGGGCAUGGCCCGUGGAGCCCCCAGGCCCGCACCCCAAGCUGUGCGGUGUGCAGAGCUUGGCUCACCCUUCCGCAGAGCCCCCAGCCACCCCCGGGGGAGGAGACCCCGGGGGCUCUGGUCACACCUGGGACGAGGGGGAGAGAAGCAGGUUCUGGUCAUGCAUGCAGAGUCCAACCUUACAGUUUUAUCCUUUUAAAAUAGAUAUACCUAAACUGGAUAUAAUAUUUGUAUAUAUGAAAUCUAUAUUUGUUUAAUUUGAGCCAUUCAAUCUAAACCCAUGUACAGGUGUACAAUGAGAGAUUUAAAUGCUUCGUUAUUUUUCCCAACAAAGUGUAAAGUAACCCUCCUCCGACAGUGGGACUUGCUGAUUUCUGACGUUCCCGGCUUUGCUCGCUUCCUGGCAGGGCAGCUCAGUACCCAAUUUGUAAUGGAGCCCGGGGGUUGACAGUUACCUUUCAAUACGUGUACAAAUAGUUGUCAAAAGUAAUGUUAUUAAAAUAGAUUUAUUAUCCCUGA